ACACCUGUCAGGAUCCAGGAAAAGGUGGAGGCAGGGAGGUCCUCAGGUCCAGAGAGAAGGGAUGAAUAUGUAAUCACAAGGCUGAGACUCAUCAGGCUCAACAGCACUUUGAAAUGAGUCGGGAAACAUCCAACUGGGAAGUUAGUUCACAGGCAGAGGGAGAUGGAGACAGUAGAACACAUUCUAUUUCAAUGCCAGCGAUAUGAGAGGGAAAUGGACAGUUUGUUAUUAGUAUUAAGGAAUAAUGGUAUUGAGGAGUCAAGUUUAAUUGAAUUUAAGAAAACCUUAAGGUGAUUGUAUUAAAUUAUAUAUUCCGUUUCCUUAGGGAGAAGGGUUUAAUUGGGUGGGGUUAAACUUCAGACCUUCCCUGUCUCUGGUCAACACUCCACUCGGUGGCGGAGAUGCAUCUGUAAAGUUGGUUGCCAACCAAUUUAAAGACCACUGAAGAAGAAGCGUAAACGGAAGUGAACAGGAAAAAUGUACACGUUAGCGGUUUUUGUUGUUAUUUAGACGUUUAUUAACACCCUGGAACUCAAUAUGCCCCAUUGAACUCCACGGAAUCACCCACUUACCCCAUAUAGUGUUUAAUUCGCGUUUGAGACAGGACUUGGUUGACAGAUGUUAUCUAGGUAACGCGGACGUUAACUAGCCAGCUACUAACAAUGGCUAACUGUAUUGCUGUUCACACUCAAAUAGCCUCCAUCAUGGAGGUGCUAGCGAAUGCAGCCGUGGAAGAGGUCUGUAAACUCGUAGACGACGACUAUGCAGUGUUUCGUUUGGAAAUAACUCAAAGCCAGAAAGAAAACAGGACAUUGAGGAGAAAACUACAGCUACUAGAACUUAAGGUGUCACGGGACCGCGUCCUCACGAGUCGUCCCAAGAUCCUCGACCGAUACAGAGGAAUGGCAAGAGAUCUCACUGGAGGCCACAGGAGCUUUGUGAAGCAAGUGGGACACAAUACAUGGAGCGAUGACCAACCAAUCACUGUUGAUGAGGGGAGUGGAACCUCAACCCAGCACGUUAUUGUGAUAGAGUCUGCAGAUGCAGAGGCUGCAGGUCCUGGGGUCAAGCAGGAGAGGUCUGAAGGAGAGGAGGACCCAAGGCACAGCAGAGACAUCCAGACUGGUGCGGCUGGAAAGCACCUUGUAGCCACCGAGGACCUCGCCACCACUGCCUCACCCCAGGCCUGGACCCAACGCAGCAUCACAGAGGAGGAGGAAGUGCUUCUGGUGAAGGAGGAGGGUCUGGGGAACCCUGAGAGGACCAUGGUCAUGGAGGACAACCAGACUACACCUCCCCCUGAACCCACAGAGGAACCAACUGAGCAGCACAGUACCACACACAGUCUCACUGAGUCAGUAGACAUGGAGGACGGGAAGCCUGAUCUGCUGAUAGUCAAAGUGGAGACAAUAGAAGAUGAACCAGAGAGCAUUGACCUGCUGAGUGGACUAAAGAUGGGGGAGCAAGUUGGUUGGCUGGAGCCUAACAAGGGAGACUGGGCGGACAUCUUGGAUUCCCAGCCGGGCGCAGCCAAAGGCUCAGGGGACCAUAUCACUGAGCAGGGCGAGAUAGUGGAGUCUGCAUUCCAUGAAGACCUGCUGAUGUCCGAUGUUGCUGACGGGAGAGGCUGGACCUCUGCUGCGGCUGGUCACAAACCCUGGCCACGGAUCAGAACCCUGGAUCAGGAGCCGUUGCUCUUCCUUCCCGAGUCGCAACUAGGACCCAACCGUGAGGGACAGAGACUCCACCACCACACAGAACACAACCAGUGGACAGGUGGACUGAACAACCCCAGUCCUGGUGGUCAUCAGAGAGGCAGAGACUCCAGUCUGCAGCCCAGACCCUUCUCUUCACAGUCUCAGUGCAGGGAUGGAGCAGGGCCUGGUGCUGAUAGAGAUAGACCCUCCUGUUCCUAUGAUACAAACACCACCGUAUCCAUGAUGAAAAGAUCCGGUCACCCUGGGCUUCAGCCUUCUCAGAGCGUGGUGGGAGAUGCUCCUUGUGGUAGUCUUUCAGGAAGUCUGUCUUCAGAGUCUCGUCUAAUGCCUGGUGACUGGGUUCAUAGAAGGUCUGGAUCUGGGUCUAGCCUUCCUCAGUUACCUCAUGGUUACCCCACCAAUACAGACAGGGUCAGGAUGGACGUUCACCACGAGAAGUACCUAGCCUAUAACACAGCACACAAUCCCAACAACACCCAAACAAUGGCUAGAGGUCAAGGAGGGAGCUCAAAGACUAACCACCUGAGGGUGGUGGCUCCUGCUUCUACCUCCUCUGGUGUCAUUGGGUCACAACGUGUAAGGCCGAGCAUUAGGACAGACGCCGACAAGCCAUACGCCUGCCUCACGUGUGGGAAGCGCUUUGCUGAGGCGAACUAUGUGAAGAAGCACCAGACUGUUCACACUAAGGAGAGGCCCUUCAAGUGUAAGCUGUGUUACAAGAGCUUCUCCUUCCAGAAUAACCUUAUCAGACAUAGGAGUGUCCACAAUGGGAAGAAAUCGUAGAAGUGUGUGAGAUGUACGCAGGGUAUAUCUGGGAACUAUUCCUUAGUUGACAAACACUACAUGACCAAAGCUAUGUGGACACCCCUUCAAACUAGUGGAUUCAGCUAUUUCAGCCAAUUGUAUACAAUUGAGCACACAGCCAUGCAAUCUCCAUAGACAAACAUUGGCAGUAGAAUGGCCCGUACUGAAGAGCUCAGGAACGUUCAACGUGGCACCAUCAUAGGAUGCCUUUCCAACAAGUCAGUUCAUCAAAUUUCAGCCACGAGCAACAAAGGCUCAGCCACGACGUGGUAGGCCACACAAGCUCAGAAAACGGGAGCGGCGAGUGCUGAAGCCCGUAGCGAAAUGAGAUUCCAUGGCUGAGCAGCCGCACACAAGCCUAAGAUCACUAUGCGCAAUGCCAAGCGUCAGCUGGAGUGGUGUAAACUUCGCCGCCAUUGGACUCUGGAGCAGUGGAAACACUUUCUCUGGCGUGAUGAAUCACGCUUCACCAUCUGGCAGUCCAAUGGAUGAAUCUGGGUUUGGUGGAUGCAGGGAAAAUGCUACCUGCCCAAAUGCAUAGUUCCAACUGUAAAGUUUGGUGGAGGAGGAAUAAUUGUCUGGUGCUGAUGAUUCUGUGCUUCCAACUUUGUGGCAACAGUUUGGGGAAGGCCCUUUCCUGUUUCAGCAUGACAAUGCCCCGCUGCACAAAGCAGAGGGACAUUGUCAUGUAACUGGGCACUUCUAAUGUAACUCUAUGGCAGCACCCAAGGGGAUUGAAUUUUCGAGCUCCACCCUAAGAUUUGCCCGUGAUGUAGUGUCCAUGAGUGACAGAACACGAGCCAAUCAUGGCGCAACUAGAGAACAUUACCAACCCCUACGCUCCAUAUUUUCAGCUGGCUGCCCCACCUCCACAGAAAGCACUGAGCUAGGCUGAAACACCUGCAUUUUGGAGCUGCCUUGCUCAAGAAAGCAAAAAAAGAGACCAUGUUUGUAUGUGGGCUUUAUUAACUCAUGUUUUUUUUUUUGCAAACAAUGUAAAAUAAAAAAUGAACUGAUA